AUGCCCGAACUGUACUCCUUCCCCCGGCACUUCCAUCCGCGACGAGCAUAUGCACGGCGCAAAUCAGUGCGUCUUCAUGAGGAAUCCACAUACGGAACCUGGUUUCCUGGUCGGAGUGAGGCAUUAUCCUGGCCCGAGGAUCGUAACCACACCACUAGUCGUGUUCCUCGAAAUCUUGAACACACCCACUCAGCCGGCUCCCAGACUACGAUUGGUGCUAGUAAAAGCCACGAGUGA